UUUAGUGAGAUCUUUUUGUUAAUGAUUUGCGUACUGUUCUGCUUGAUUCUACACUUAUCCAUCUUCACCAGUUUCUUGUAUAAUGUUAUGCGUACUGUUCUGUUCGAUUUUUAAUAGUUUCUGUUCGUUUAGUUAAAUGAAUAAUUCAUUUGUGUAAAGUGUUUUGUGCUGUCAUUUUUACACAUUUUUUGUUUUUUGUAACUACUAUAUAUUAGCUUCGAAUUUUUAAUGUUUGCACUUCAUAGUACAUCAUAUUCUUCCAGUUUACCUAUAAUUUAUUUAAUGAGCAUUAACACUUCAUCAUGUUCUAAAAUUGUCUCAUUUGUAUUCUUUGUUUUCAAGGAUAUCCGGCGUAUGAAGAAAACGAAGCAGGUGAACUUAUAAUCCCUGAAUGCGAGGCUAAGAGCAAACCGUUUGUGGGGCAGAUUUUCCCAAAUUUGGAAGUAGGAUGUAAGUUUUACGACGACUAUGCAGAGUUAUGCGGUUUUGCAUCCAGAAAAAGCACAAGCACAAAGGAUGAUGAUGGUACAAUUAUUUUAUACUAUGUGUUAUGCAAUAGAGAAGGUAUUCCUCCUAAGCCUGACGAGUUAUUGAUGCCCAAAAGUAAACGCUCAACCAAGAAGCGUAAGAGGACGUCAUGCAAGGUGAAUUGCAGGGCUCGGAUUAUUUUUCAAAUUUCAGAAUUUGGUACGUAUAAUGUCCGCACGUUCAUUGAGGGUCAUAAUCACACCAUGGUUCCUACUGUAUCUAGACACCUUAUGCCCGUGAACAGGAACGUUACCCCUGCCCAUGAGAUAUGGAUUACGUCCGCGAUUAAAGCAAACAUUGGGCCUAUUAGAUCUUUCCGUAUGUACAGAGAGAUUAUGGGCGAGUAUGAGGAUAUUGGUUGCGUGAGUAAUGAUUUCAAGAAUUUUGUACGUGAUCUUAAUGUUUACGCACUUGAUUCAGAUGCUCACAUGAUUUUGCAAACAUUCUUGAAUAAAAAAGAGUUAGGCAAUGGCUUCCAAUAUUUCUAUGAUGUAGACGAUGAGAAUAGGCUUCGUCGAUUGAUUUGGACCGAUGAAGUCUCUGUUAAGAACUACAAAUUAUUUGGUGAAGCCGUGUCCUUCGACGCAACAUACAAUACCAACAGGUAUAAAAUGAUCUUCACACCGUUCACGGGUAGGGAUAACCAUGGCAAGUGUUUGUCUUUUGGUGCAGCCAUCAUAUCUCGAGAAGAUGUUGAUUCGUAUUCUUGGGUUUUGGAGAAGUUUGUUGAAUGCGUGGGAAAUGCCCCACCACUAUUAAUAACUGAUCAAGAUCCAGGGUUGAAAAAGGCUGUUGCGGCAGUUUGGCCUCAAACACGUCACAGAUACUGCAUGUGGCAUAUUACAAUGAAGGUUGCUGAGAAGAUGCCGCAAAGACUGAGGGAUAGCACUGAGUUCAAAACCAACUUUGGGAAUAUUGUUUGGUCUGAAUUUGAUGAGCCUGCUGUUUUUGAGGAGAAUUGGCAAAAUCUUAUGGAUGAGUACGACCUGUUGGAUAAUAGAUGGUUUUCUGAUAUGUUCGAUGAUCGUUCACACUGGAUCCCUGCAUACUUUAGAGAUGUCAGUAUGAGUGGAUUAUUCAGAACUACAUCGUUGUCAGAGAGCGAGAAUAGCUACUUCAAACGGUUUGUCCAUAAGAAUGCAAAUCUUAUGUUGUUUUAUAUGCAAUAUUGCAGUGCAUUGGAGGCUCAACGACAUAAUUAUCAUAAGACUACCUUUGCUGACGAGACUGGCGUUCUACCCAUGAAGACGAGACUUAAAAUAGAGAAGCAUGCUGCAACCAUAUACACCAACAACAUAUUCAAGGAGGUACAAGACGAGAUAGAUGAUUCGCAAACCCAUUGCAAUAUGUAUAAGAUGGAGGAGCAAGUUGAUGAGAGCAUAUAUACUGUGCAUGACAAUGUUGAUGGGAAAUUCGUGGUGCGACAUAGACUGUCGGACACUUAUACAUCUUGCAGCUGUAAUCUGUUCGUCAGGAAAGGUAUUCUGUGCAAACACAUUUUUCUUGCAUUUCGCACAUUGCAAGUUGAAAGAAUUCCUGAUAAAUACAUAUCAAUUCGCUGGAGUAAAUUUAGUAUAUUGUCGGCCAUGGUUCCUGGAUUUGAGCUCGGCAGUGCACCAAGCCAAAAUUCUAUUAUUGGUAACAAUAAAUUUUUCAACAUUGUUGGCAAUUGUAUUGGGUAUGUUGGUGACAAUCAAGUGCUACGUGAAGAACUCCUUGCAGCGCUGAUUGAAGUUGAAAAAAGAUUUGCGAAGGAGGGUCGUACAGAGUCUAAGCUACAAGCUAAGCAUAGGCUUUUCAAGGAUUUUUAUGGUACUACAGCACCGGAAGUACCAUCUGUGUUACCUCCUCUCAUAUCCAAAACGAAAGGCAGUGGCGCAGGUGGAAGAAGAAAAUCGAACCAAGAGAAGGCAAUGGAUCUUGCUAAGAAGCCAUUGCGUAAUUGCAAGAAAUGCAAUACGAUGGGCCAUCAUGAUUCGAGGAAUUGCCCAACAAAUAAGCUUUCUAAUUGAUCUAAGUGAUUUACUCUUUUUGAUUUUUUUUUAUUGUGAACCUUUAUGUAUUUGAUUUUCAAUAACGAUGCUGGACUUUUUUAGUUGAUAUCAUUGUGAA